UCGUCAGACACGUCGAAAUCCAUUCGCCGGCGGCAGCGCAGUGCAGGGACGCAUCGACUCUUAAGGAGUUCAGGCAGACACUUGCAGUCUACGGAAGUACAAGAGCUAAUGGAAGAAUAUAGCAAAAGCAGCGUGAAGAAGGCAAAACUGCAAUCAAUGCUCACUACCCUGCUAGAAGAUCCCAUACUUGCUGAUGUCCCAAAGAAGCCAACGUUGGCUGAAGUGGACACUCUCAUCAACCUUGAGUUGGGUAGUGCCAUGCGCAUUGCUGUUCUCAAACUAGAUGGAACAUCAUUUGAUGUGGCAGUGAUGGACUCAGCUACAGUCAAGGAUUUGAAACUUGCGAUUAAGAAGAAAGUAAAUGACAUGGAACAAUCCAAGAUGGGUCACCGCCAUAUAUCUUGGAAGCACGUCUGGGCAAAUUAUUGUCUGUCAUAUCAUAAUGAAAAGCUCCUUGAUGAUCGGUCUUUGCUUCAGAAUUUUGGUAUUCGAAAUAAUUCUCAGGUACAUUUUGUACCCUAUGUCAUGACAAAAGAAUCUCAGAGACACUCGAAGAGGCGAAAACAUCGUUUCUUUCAUGGCCUUAAUAAGCUUUCAUGAUCAAGCAAUUGUAUGUUCUGGAAUCUCUGUAGUGAUUUUGUUGGUUAUGGGACUUGAGAGUUUCAUAUCAGGAUUCCUUAUGCGAAAUUUAGGAAUGUGGGAUUUGUACACCCUUUGGUUCUUGAAUCUCAUGAACUAGCUUUUGGGGUUUGUUUCCCUAGUGUUGAUAUUUGGCUCUAUCUUACUAACACUAGCAAGAUGAAGAUUAUUUGGCGUCACAGCUUCGAUAUGUUCACUGUGCUUUCAACUUGCAACCUCAUGGCCUUGCGAGACUUGUAGCUGUGAUACUCGGUGUUUCACAAAGUCGCGUUCAUAAAGGUAAAUGGAAAUUUUAUCCCCCGGCUUGAACUAUGCUGAUGCCGGUGCUGUGUUUAGAUGACAUGUCCGGAGAUCUUCUUUGAAGCCUGAGCAACCAUUGGCUACGAGCAAGUGUUUGCUUUCAUGAGUUUGACCUGAUAAGACAAAAAGCUCAACCGUGAAGUCCAACUUUCAACGUUGAUGAUUCUUUAGGCCUAAAGUCUAAAAAUGUAAUUUUCCCUGUCAGGUUCCACUAUCUUUACCAGAUUUAGUCGUCCAACACUGUUUGGGAUAUGGUGUGGUUCUUUUGCUUUCGACGUUUAACUGUUACUUUGACAUGAAUUCCAUGCCUUUUCGAAUAUUUAGCUCUCAAAAUGUUAAAAUUCUAAUUAAAUUUCUGUGUCCAUUGGGGAGUCCCCUUGUUUAUAUGGACGCAGUUAGGAGAAGCGUUUGAUUUGCA